GGCCUGCACUCACAUACGGUGCUUUUUUCCCUCGGACAACGAUCAGAUCACGGUCUCCCGCGCGAUUAUACAGGGGUACAAACGGGAAAACGGUGGAAAAUCAUUACGUUACGACUUUCUGGUGCAAUUUGGUACUUUAAGGCAUUGCUAUUGAUCCGAACUGGAACGACUUGUGUUAAGUGAAUUAUAACUGCAGUACAUAUUGAAGACGACUUUCAGUGAAAUUAAAAACGAAGAAAAAUCAAGCAUACGAAAGAGGGGUGAAGUUUAGGACGAGCCACACGAGUGAUAUAAGAAAGUGUAUUGGUUGAUACGGAAAAGUCAAGCUGUGAUAUUUCAGGCUGUGAAGAAAUUAAAAAAUCUGCUUCUUUGCAAAAGUGUUGCUUUUCCUGCUUGGUGAAAAAAAAAAAGAUUUGUGUGACUUGUAUCUUAGACCAUUAUCGCACAUUUGAAAAACCAGCUCACAAGGCACUAAGUAAACCGGAAAAGCAUGAGUCCUAAGCCGCACGACUUCCUGGUUACGUUGCAGCGUAGAUCUCCCCAAAUUGCGUGGGGAAUCCGAUUGGUCGGGGGGACCGAUCUUAAUGCUCCGCUUAUCAUCACAAGGGUUCAAGUGAACAGCCCCGCACAGAAGGAACUGCUGCGUGGCGAUAUCAUUACCAAAAUCGAUCAGUACGAUGCACGCGAUCUGACUCACAACGAUGCACAAACUCUUUUCCGCAAUGCCGAAAACCAAAUCAAAAUUACAAUUCGACGCGAUGACAAAGUCGCUCUGCACCAGAGUGCUCACCAACCGAACGGGUAUGGAACUCCGGCGUAUAGUCCAGCGCUGAGCCCCGUUCCACCAGCGUAUGCUCCUCAGCCAUUCAGCCCCGUGCCACAACAGCAACAGAAGCCUCAGCAGCACCAAAACUUCCCACCGCCGGAUCCGUCCAACUUGUUGCCGAGAGUUGCGUCGCCACUUCCACAUGGGCCACAGGCUUACGCCGUUGCUUUGGAGCAUCCAGUUGAGACCCUGCCACAUACGGUCUUCCCCAAUCUGGAUGCUAGUGGUGCCUAUCAGCUGCCAAAGACGCCAUACCCUCCAAUGGUUUCUGGCUACGAUGAAGCCAGCGAGGCUCUAACGAAUCAGCCAUACCGAACUACUCCGCUAGUCCUUCCCGGUGCCAAGGUACCGAAAAAGGAUGUUCUACCAACAGAAUCCUACCUCAGACACCACCCAAACCCAGCAAUGCGCGCACCACCAGUACAUGACUUCACAGAUUCACUGUUGCGACAGAAGGCCGCCGAGACCAUAAUCCACCGUGUCGUAGGAGAAGAACCACCCAGUGGUCCAAAGAUUGUACACAAGCAAUUCAACUCCCCGAUUGGACUGUACUCAGAUAGCAAUAUUGAAAAUACCGUCAGAGCAAGCGCGCCACAGCCCCAAGCCGUGCCAAUUUUCAUUGAUCUUUCUUUCCUGAAACAAAAACAAAAAAUUCUGGAGGAACAACGGCGGCAAGAUCACGAAACUCAGCAAAAGAACAAAUAUCCCUUCCAAUCGUACGCGUCAUCGUCAUCGCUUCACUCAUCGGGUCACUCGUCAUCGCCAUCGCCAUACGCCCAUCAGCAGCAGGCGCAAUCUCUCCAGCAACAAUCGCCGAGGCAGCAGACGCUUAGUCCGCCUCCAAUACCGCCACUUCCCGGCGAUUACUACUGUCCAACGCAGCAGGAGGAUUCUCAGCACUUUUAAUGCAGAGAGAUUAAAGCCCACGCUUCUCAUUAUCUCCUCCUCUCUCGACGGAGCACACCUAUUUACUCUUUCUUCUGUCAUCCACACUAAUCUAUUGCUUGCGUUUAUUUCUAUCCGUCCGAAACUACGCAUCACUACAA